AUGGAUUUUGAAGGUCAAAAAUUAGCAGAAUAUAUAUAUCAAUACACAAUUAUUAUCUUUGGUGUCAUUGGUUGGAUUAUUGGUUUCAUUAAACAAGAUUUUAGUAUUACUUUUUAUUCAGUAGCUUUGGGAACUUUCUUAUCAUUAAUUUUAUGUUUACCAAAUUGGAAGAUAUAUUGUCAACACCCAUUAUCAUGGCAAAAACCUAUAGUUCAAAGUACUCCAACUGAUAAAUCAAAAUAA